AUAAAGAUGCAACGGCGCAAUGUUAACGGCCUGAUCUGUCUGUAUGUCCUGAAGCGCAAGUUAAGUUAUGUAUCUUGUUCCUUUCUAAAGAAUUUAGAAUAUUUGCCUAGUUCGUCGCAGGACAGGACCGGGGUCAGACUAAACUUAUCCUGGAGAAACCAACCUUUAAUUAUCCGUAUUAUGUACACAAAUCUAUAGUGAAUGCGGUACAUAAUUCUGAUCAAUUCAUCCAGUAGAAUUGUACACAAGCAGUACGGUACAAAAACAACUUUAGUAUAUAAAACUACUUCUGCAGGACAUAACUACCACGUGAUCUAAGAAGAAAGAUUUCUACAAUGUAAAAAUGCUACUUGAACAGUCAUAAUUAAAGGUUAAGAUGAAUAAGAUUCAGACCUUCUUAAUCUUCCUGGUGGUGGGGCUUGGGAUUGUCUGCAUAGCCCUUAUCAUAGCCCUGGUUCAGGCAGGGUUUUCAUCUACUGCACAGAGAUCCUCAGAUGAAUCAGAUUAUGAGACUACAACUGAACCUGAACCUGUGGGAGUAGAACCAUGGGAGCGUAAUGUUAGACUUCCAAAACAUUUAAUUCCUCUUCAUUACGAGCUUUAUCUACACCCUGAUCUAGAAACUGGAGUAUUCUCUGGUAGUGUUAGGACGGAUAUCAAUGCUAUGGACAAGGUGUCCUACAUCCUCACACACAUCAACGAUUUGAGCAUCACCAGCACCCGACUUCAGGAUGAAGGAGGACAAGAUAUCAAGCUCUUAUCCUCGUUCGAGUACAAGAAGAACCAGUUCUGGGUCGUGCUCCCAGAGACAGAGCUGGGACCUGGAAACUAUUCCUUAUACCUGGAGUUCAACGGUAGCCUGACCAAGGGUAUAGUAGGGUUCUACCGGAGCUUGUAUAAGAAUGCUGCUGGCGAACAGGUUCCUAUUGCAACCUCGAAGUUCCAACCAACCUACGCUAGGAAAGCGUUUCCUUGUUUUGACGAACCAUCCUUUAAAUCUACCUUUACAACCAGCCUGGUUCGACCUAGCUCUGGGUACAUAGCUCUCUCUAACAUGCCGGAGGAGAGCUCUGAACCUGAUUCUCCGGGUCCUGGUUUGACUGUGGUAAAGUUUCAGAAAUCUGUUCCAAUGGUGACUUACCUUGCCUGUUUUAUUGUCUGUGACUUUCAUUAUCAGAAACUAACGGAGGUUCAUAAUACAAGGUUUCGUGUGUAUGCAACCCCCCAACAACACGAUACAGUAACCUACGCUCUAGAUAUAGGAGCAAAUAUUACAGAUUACUUUACAAACUACUUUGGUCUACCCUACCCUCUACCUAAGCAGGAUAUGAUCGCAAUUCCGGACUUUGUCUCUGGAGCCAUGGAACAUUGGGGACUUAUAACUUACAGAGAAACGAACCUGUUGUAUGAUCCUGCUGAAUCCAGUACUGCCAACAAGCAAAGGGUUGCUGUUGUUGUGUCUCACGAGCUCGCUCAUCAAUGGUUCGGUAACCUUGUCACCCUGGAGUGGUGGGACGAUCUUUGGUUGAACGAAGGGUUUGCAAGUUAUAUGGAGUACAAGGGUGUAGCAAACUACCACGGAGAUUGGGAGAUUAAGGAACAAUUUCUCUCCUCAGAUCUACAUAGAGUUCUAGAUCUAGAUGCAACUGUCAAUUCUCAUCCUAUAGUUCAGGAGGUUUCACACCCGGAUCAGAUUACGGAGAUAUUUGACGCUAUCUCCUACAACAAGGGCGCCAGUGUGCUCAGGAUGUUGGAGAACUUCAUGGGAGAAACUGAGUUCCAGGCCGGGGUUCAUAACUUCCUGGAGAAGUAUCAAUAUGCCAAUGCUGUAACCCAGGAUCUCUGGAUGGAACUGGAGAAGGUUUCUACAGAUAAACUUGCCGUCUCUAGUAUCAUGGACUGCUGGACUAGACAGAUGGGUUAUCCUUUACUCCAGGUGAUCAAGGUAUCUCCGACCAGGUACAGGGUGUCUCAGACUAGAUAUCUCAAGGACCAAUCAGCUGACCAGGGAACUAGCAGUCCCUACGGAUACAAGUGGGAUGUUCCUCUCACCUGGAUAACUGAAACCAAUCCUGAACCUGUUUUAAAGUUUCUCUACAGAAAUGAGGAUUUUAUUGAUAUCGAUUUGACAAACGGAUCAACCUGGAUCAAAUUCAACGUUGGUCAGUUUGGUUUCUACCGUGUCAACUAUCCCCUGGAGGAUUGGGAGAACCUGGCUCAGGUAUUAGUUUCCAACCCGACCUCCCUCUCCUCCGUAGAUAGAGCAUCCCUGCUCAAUGAUGCAUUCUCCCUGGCAGAGUCAGGACAUAUACCCUAUACAAUACCACUCAGUAUGACUAAAUAUAUGUCACAGGAGACCAGUCUAGUUGCCUGGGAGACAGUGUUUGAGAAGAUGGUAAACAUGAAGAAGUUGUUGGUUUUUACUCCAACUUAUCCUCUACUCCAGGAGUAUAUCAGAGAUCUAGUGAACGUACACUACUCCAGGCUAGGCUGGGAGCAGACGGGAACACAUGCAGAGAAGCUGAACAGAAACAAUAUUAUCAACCUUGCCUGUGAUAGUGGACUCAAGGAUUGUAACGAUCAAGCUGCUAAACUAUUCCAAGCCUGGAUUGCAGACCCAGAAAUGUUUAUUUCUCCUGAUCUAAGAACUGCUGUAUACAGGUUUGGGAUGGCUGCAGCCGGAGAUCCUGAAAACUGGGAAAUUGUUUUCCAAAGAUUUCUGGCAGAACAAAAUGCCCAGGAGAAGAAGAAAUUAUUGUAUGGUUUGGCUCAGGUUAAGGAACCCUGGAUACUUCACAGAUUUCUCCAGCUCGCCAAGAAUGAGUCUAAUGUAAGAUCUCAGGAUUUCUUCACUGUUCUGAGCUACGUGAGCGGUAACUCCGCUGGUAAUCCUAUAGUCUGGAGAUAUAUGCAGGAGGAAUGGGAGAACAUGGUGGAAAGGUUCUCUUUAAACGACAGAUACCUGGGAAAUCUACCAAAAUCCAUCACCUAUGAUUUCUCCACCAGGUUCCAGCUUGAUCAGGUAAAAUCCUUCUUCAAGAAAUAUCCCGAGGCCGGAGCUGGAGCUAGAUCCAGGAAACAAGCAGCGGAACAUAUUCAACUCAAUAUCAAAUGGAUCGAAGACCAUAGUAGUGUGAUUCAUUCUUGGUUAAAGAACAGAACCAAAACAUAGGAAGUAAACUCAUAGUUUCAGAUUACAAGAAUUAAAGGGACUGUAAGCGUUACUUUAGGUGACCCUUUAUGCAAAGAUAGCAAUACCCGAUUUACAACGGUACUCUUGAAACCUUAAUCUGAUAAUAAAAAAUGUGGAAGAUUAUGUCGUUCUUCUGACGCUAAAAGUGUGCAUAUUUUUGAAUUUCUUAUAAGAGUAAGAAAUAUGUGAUUCACUUUUGCAAAGAACCUGUUAUUGAAAAUAACAGCAAUUAAAACAUGAUCAAAACAAGCUUUUAAGAGUACCGUUGUCAAUCGGGUAUUGCCAUCUUUGCAUGAAGGGUCACUUGAAAUUACGCUCACAGUCCCUUUAACAGCAGGAUUAAAUCCUAAAAGAGCAACGAAGAUUGGAAAAGAAAGACUGAUGGACAGAAAUUAAGGAUUUAUUUAUUUAAUUUUGAAUAGUUCAUCCGUUGUUAGGAUCAACUAUUCUUUAAUUUUAUACAAGGUUUCCAGAAAACAUAUUAGACUAAAAUAGUGAUUGAAAUUGUUGAAAAUCUCAUUACUUUUGGGUAACCCUGUUCCUGUAUUCCUUGUCUGCUUGAUUUAUCCCUCAUUUUGAAACUUUUAUUUUUCCAGGUUUUCAUAUUUUACUUCCUUCAUGCACAACCACAAUAGUCUUACCUUUCACUUUUAAGAAACUUCUAUUUCCCAGGACCUUUUUUGUACUUUAUGUCAACUUGAAAACAUUGUUACUUCUCAAACUUGAUCAAAAUACGCUAAAUUGUUUGUAUAAUUACUAUAUAACGUAUUAAGUUUUUAUAAAUCAAAUAUAUGUAUGUAUUUAAA